CCCGCCUGCUGCGCUAUGGCGGCGAUCCCCCCAGACUCCUGGCAGCCGCCCAACGUGUACUUGGAGACCAGCAUGGGGAUCAUUGUGCUGGAGUUAUACUGGAAGCAUGCUCCGAAGACCUGUAAGAAUUUUGCUGAGUUGGCACGUCGAGGUUACUACAAUGGCACCAAAUUCCACAGGAUCAUCAAAGACUUCAUGAUCCAGGGAGGUGACCCAACAGGGACAGGUCGAGGUGGUGCAUCUAUCUAUGGUAAGCAGUUCGAAGAUGAACUUCAUCCAGACUUGAAAUUCACGGGGGCUGGAAUCCUCGCCAUGGCCAAUGCAGGGCCAGACACCAACGGCAGCCAGUUUUUUGUGACCCUAGCGCCCACCCAGUGGCUUGAUGGCAAGCACACCAUUUUCGGCCGCGUGUGCCAGGGUAUAGGAAUGGUGAAUCGAGUAGGAAUGGUGGAAACCAACUCUCAGGACCGCCCUGUGGACGAUGUGAAGAUCAUUAAGGCAUACCCUUCUGGGUAGGCUUGCUGCUGUCUUGGGCACACCCAGAUCUUCUGAGAUGGCCCAGUGAACUAGCUUCCAGAUGACCUAGAAAGACACGUACUUAAACUUCAUUUUGGCAUUGCAAAUCACAGAGCUAAAGAGACCUGGGGUCUUAAGUGAGUUAGAGAUGGAAGUAUAUUUUAGGAGGAUGCUUCUUUUCUCUUCCCGUGGUGCCUAGGUUGACAGAGCAUUUGCAGACAUGCUCAUAAAUGAUCAUUCACAGGGAACCGCUCAUUGCAAAUGAGCAUACUGCUCCUCCUUGCGUGUGUCUGUUCUAAUACACUUGGAACAAAAUGAAGCCGACUCUGUCAUUUCAUAGUGCCUAACCAAACUUCUUUUCUGCAGAGAUUUAUAUUCUACACUGCAGUCUUCAGUGGCUGACGGCCACAGAAUUCAAAACCAAGUAGUGUCUAUCAGCCUUCUUAACUCUCUGCACACCCUAUUUCAGUCUCCUAUAUUUGUUCUUCCAAGGAACGUAUCCAUCUCUAUAUAUAUUUUCCCUCUCAAAACCAGAACAUCAACACUGCUGUUUCUGACACUUAGACAUCCCACGCAAAGCCACAUUGAAUUUUUGCCAAAUGAAAAAUGCAUCCAACAAUCAAGUUUCUAAGAAGGUGUCAAGUGGGGAAUGAUAAUGUGUAAUAAUCGAGAAAGGAGUUUAUUAAAAGGAAGAAGAAGCAUUGACCAUUUUUUCCCCAGAAAGGAGCAGAAAUCUGUAGUGAGCAUAAGGACAGACUAUGAACUCUCCUUAAAAAGCAGUAUUGUCAUAAAGGAGAGGCACCACUUAAGUUUUUUUUAACCUAAGUCUAGAGAAACUAGAUGAGAGAUUUUAUAUGUUAAGUUUUUUAAGUGUUUCUGAUCUUUUUUUUGGGGGGGG